AUGUAAUGUUUAUUAAUAUUGUCCGUUUAAAAUAGGCUGUUACGUGAAAUAUUUAAUGAAAUAUGAAAGAUCGAAGAAAACUCCGAAGAGGUGCCUUACCUAUGUAAGAUUUGUGAUAUACCAUCUUUCAAAUUGAACAUAAUGAAAAGAACAAAGAGACAUUUCCAUUUAAAUCGGUAUUAGCAACAAAAAAGCUUAAACGAAAUGAAAUUGUCUUUUUAAUUGACUGUAUUGUAUUUAUUUCUCAGAAAAUGCUUGGCUAAACAUGACGAGUAUGCGAGUUCAUAUCUGGCAACGUCUAUCAACGAGAAUAUAAAAGACAAUUCGUUUUAUCAAUUCAUCCGUCAUCGUUGCGGGUUCGCAUCAAAAUAAGGUUGAUGAUUUAUCUCUUGUUCUCAAUAAGAGAAUCUCUUUAAGGAUGGUGGGAUAUUCAGAAAAAUUAUAAUACAAUUUGUUAACGAUUGUUUUGUAAUGUUGAAAGAAUUCUUCAAGAAUAUCCAUUUCUUCGGAAAAAUGAAUCUCAUAUAUGUACACAUAUGUCAAACAUUGUAUUUAUUUUUCAGGAAUACUGGAAAAAGUAUUAGCACGUUAUACGAGCCGUAACCGUUGUUGUUACAUUUGCAGAGCUCAUGGAAACUCGAGCAUUUCCUGUGGAUACAAAUGUAUAAUGACACCAAGUUCUCAAAGAGUAACCUUUCUCAUCUUCCUAGUAAAAAGGAGACAAUGUAGACGACUAAAUUCAUUGUGUUUCUCCGUUUAGCUUUAAGAAUUUUCUUUUAUAAACGUGAUUCGUUUUGUAACGAAUAGCAUAUCAUUAACGAGAGAAUCCACCGCAGUUGUUCGUGAUUGAUGUAAAUUGAUAAAGAUAGAGGAGUCAAAAGGAAGAGAAGCAAACGGAAACAAUCAAGAAUCGUGUCGAAUUAUCGCACGAUCUGCUGUGCGGUCAGAGAGAAAAAGGAUUAAUCUCGGAUUUAAAAUUACUCCUUUACUUACAAAGCUUUACGGCUUUCGUAAAAGGGAGAAUUUCAUACGAUAAGGAGCGAGUAAUUUAAACUUUGGCCAAUUUUAAAAGCAAUGCAGAGCAACGGAUCGGAGAAUAUGGGACCCGAAAAUGGUGUUGAAAAAUCUGGAUGGACAGUUGGAUUGAUUAAUGGAAAAUACAAAUAUCUUACGGCUGAAACCUUUGGAUUCAAAAUUAAUGCUAACGGAUCAAGCUUGAAAAAGAAACAAUUAUGGACUCUGGAAGGUAGCGAUCAGCAAGUAUUUCUUCGUUCUCAUUUGGAUCGGUACUUGGCUGUAGAUCAGUUUGGAAACGUGACUUGCGAAACGGAAGAUGUUAAUGAUCCUGGCUGUGCUUUCCAAAUACAGCUGGCCUCUGAUGGUAGCGGUCGUUGGGCUUUAAAGAACACGCAGAGAGGCUAUUUUCUAGGCUCUAGUCAAGAUGAAUUAAAAUGUAUAGCUAAAGCACCGGGUGAAGCAGAAUAUUGGCUUGUACAUCUUGCUGCCAGGCCACAGGUAAAUCUUAGAUCUGCCGGAAGGAAACGUUUUGCUCACUUAAGUGCAGCACAGGAUGAAAUUCAUGUUGAUGCACCAGUACCAUGGGGCGAGGAUACUUUAUUUACUUUGGAAUUUCGUCCCGCAGCCAUGGCAGAUCACGAUGAUGAUCAUGGAGAUCAUGUGAAAUCAGAGGGUGGACAUUACGCUCUUCAUACUUGUAAUAAUAAGUACCUUGCCCGUGAUGGUAAAUUGUUAGACAGUUGUACCAGAGACUGUCUUUUUGCGGCUGAAUUUCAUGCAGGACUACUUGCACUGAGAGAUAUCAAUGGAGCAUAUUUAGCACCGAUUGGAAGUAAGGCUGUAUUAAAAUCUAGAUCCACAACUGUAACGCGCGACGAACUUUUUUCUUUGGAAGAAUCUCUUCCACAAGCCUCCUUUGUUGCUGCUCUUAAUCAGCGAUAUGUUUCUGUAAAACAAGGAGUGGAUGUAACUGCAAAUCAAGAUGAAAUUUCUGGUCAUGAAACAUUUCAAUUGGAAUUCGAUCGUGUCACAAAACGAUGGUACGUACGUACAAUGCAGGACCGUUAUUGGAGUUUGGAAGCUGGUGGUGGCAUCCAAGCUGCUGAUCACAAAAAGUCUUCAAAUGCUCUAUUUGAUCUUGUUUGGCAAGAGGAUGGUACAGUGGCAUUGCGUGCUAACAAUGGCAAAUUCAUAGCUACUAAACGCUCUGGCCACCUUUAUGCAAAUGCUGAACUUACUAAUGGAAGUGAUUCGGAUGCUUGUAAAUAUUAUUUCUAUUUGAUAAACAGACCAGUUUUAGUACUUCGAUGUGAGCAAGGCUUUGUGGGUCCUAAAAGUACAACUAGCCCCAAGCUUGAGUGCAAUAAAGCUAGUUAUGAGACAAUUCGCGUUGAACGAUGCGAACGUGACAUUGUCAGAUUUAAAGGACAAAAUGGAAAAUAUUGGCAUGCAGAUAGUGAGGGAGUAACUGUUGAUUCUGAUAUACCAUCUGAUGGCUUUUACUUGGAAAUGCGUGAACCAUCUCGUCUAUGCAUUAAAUCUACUGAUGGUCGAUAUCUUACUGCAGGUAAAAAUGGUGUUUUGCGUUUAGGAGAUACAGAUUAUGAAUCUGCCACAAAAUGGGAAUUCUAAUGUGGGUGGCUGCUUUUGGAAAAACAUAAUUCAUCAGGUGUUAUUAUAUCUCAUCGUAUUUUUUACAUGGGAACGUAAGAACAAAAACUUUGUUCCUACUAUGAUGUACUUAACCAAGAACAGUUUUAUAAAUUUCACCGUCAAACGAAUUUACGACAUAUCGAUGGUGAAUUAUCUUUAUGGGGCUACAAAAAAAAGAUAUCGUAAAUUUGCAUAAAUCAAAGACUGACAUCUAUAUGAACUGUGAAUUAUUAAGAGCCAAUCAUUAUCACGAGCUUUUUUAUACGCAAUGCUUCAUUUUAUAUAAACUAUACAAUCAAUUUAUAGCGCAAUAAGCUUCAUAAAGUAAAUCAUUUACUUUACUUACGUCAAGACACAUUGACAAUACGUAUUUGAUAUUUGAUAAAAUUGUGUAUUAAAAGUGAGGAUGUUCUUUGUGGGUCAUUUAUGAGAUAUCUUUAAUACAGCUUUCCAUUUUUAAUAGCAUAUAUGCAUAGAUUACUCAUCAUUUAAAUUAAGGGGAAUAUAAUAGCAGUAUAGACACGCGCGUACAUUGGUCAUAGACUAAUCUUUGUUCUACUACUGUUCUCUACCAAAAGCAUAUAUGAAUACUAAAUUAUGUCCCUUUCUUGAUAAGUGCUUUUUCAAAUUGCAAAUUUCAAAUUGAAAAUAUUUCAUAGUUGUUUGCAACACCAAUAUGUGAUGCAUUUUUAUAUAAUAUACACAUACUUAACAUUCAUAAUACUUAUUGUUUUAGAACACUGUCAGUUCUUAUUAAACAAAAACGAAUAUAUAUUGAAAAGAAUUAUUUUUUUUUUUAUUAGCAUAUUUUUAAACCCAAACUAUGGACUGAUCUAUUUAAGUAUCAAGUAAGUUCAAAGUUAAUACCAACAUUGACCACAAGUAAUUUAAUGUUUUAUACACAAAUUUAUAAUGUUUCAUUUGAUAUAUGAAACAUGAGAAUUAUUCCUCUCUAACAAUAAGUGAUAACAAUAAGUAAUCAUCAAUCCAUGAUUUUCUGCAACUAUUUACUUGUGCACAAAUUUCAGUAACUUUCAUUAAAAUAAACUAUUACAUUUGGAAUUUUUUUUAUUAAAGCUAACAAGUAUAAUAUCGAUAUAUUAUAGCAAUACAUUGAAAUUAAAUUCUAUGAGUACGCUCAAGCGGAAAAUGAGUAUAAAAUGUAGUAACAUUGUAGAACUUACUUAUCGUCAUUGGUCAUCAAUUUAAACCUAUUCCAAAUCAUUAUAUUGCAUAAGCAUGUAUUUUUAAUCGUCUAUGCAUUGCGCAAUAUACAAAUUUUGUCUAUUUUUGCUAUUAAUUAUGUACAAUUUUUACAAAACUGUGUGGAUAUGAUUUUUUUUUCUUUUUAAAUACUAUACACAACUAUCGAUACUUUAAACUAAAAUCUUAUAUACAAUCAAUAAUUUUAUUAAGGAUUAUUAACAAGAAUGUAAUAAACAAUUUUAUAUUGACUGAAAAUAGUUUUUUAUAAUACGAAGCCCUGUUAGUAUGUUUCUUUUGAUUUUUUAAUAUAUAAUAUUACCGUGAAAGAUCAAAAUUGGAUAAUGUAAAGAUUUAUUGUCCAUGGUCAUGAUGUAUGUCAAAAAUAUUAAUCUAUAAAAAUAAAUCCAAAUAUUCGGUACUUGUGUAUUUUGUAUGUGUUGUUGACAGCACAUAUAAACGACACGUGAAUCUUGACAUUAUUCAAUUUCGGUCUUUACGGUAACAUAUACAAUAAAUAAAUAAAUAUAUAUAUAUAUUAUAUAUUUUAAUUCUUUCCAAACUAUUAGCCUUCCAUUAGUCAACAAUUUAGACAAUAGGUUUUAAAAUAUAUCUACUUUCAAAUUUAUAUCGUGGAAAUUUAAUUUCAUUUUACAUUGUUUGCCUUAAAUUGUUCUUUUUUAUGUUUUCAACAAUAUCAAACUUGAAUUAGUAUGUUAUUAAAUUGAUAUUGCGUUAGAGAAAUUAAAAUUUUUCAAACAGCUGUAUGU